UCAUUCCAUUCUCCAUCCUUUCACACCAUAAAAAAGAUACUACUCAUUUCUGUCUUUCUCUAUAAAUCUCUCCUUCGCAUUUUGAUCCAUCACUACAAUAUUCUCUAUAAAUCUCACUUUCACAUUUACUUUUAGAUCGAUCCCUUGUUCUUUCAAAAAGAUGAUUCAAGAGCUCUUUGCAGGAAACACUACACUUAUAGGAGGAGGAGGAGGAGAUAAUAAUAUUUCAAUGCUAUCUAAUAUUACUCCUUCCUCUUCUCCUAUUUCUUGUACUACUUCUAAUUCCAAUAUUACCCCUGCAACUGCAAGUCCGUGUGCAAACUCGGAAAAUCUUAGAUGUCCGCGUUGUGAUUCCCCAAACACUAAGUUUUGUUACUACAACAACUAUAAUUUAACUCAGCCUCGUCAUUUCUGCAAGACUUGUCGACGUUAUUGGACUAAAGGGGGAGCUUUACGCAACGUUCCUAUAGGUGGUGGCUGUAGAAAAAACAAGACAAUCACUACAGCAAAAUCAAGUGCUGCUAAAUUGAAAAAUUCACUUCCGUUUGAGUUAAUUGGAAAAUCAGGCAUUUUUGAAGGGUUAGAACAGGAAAUAAUACCUUCCAAUAAUAACCCUUUUCUCUUUUCCUCAUCACUACCUCAUCAAAAUCAUAAUCCUAUUAUUUCCUUACUUAAAGGAAAUCAUCAUAACCUUAAUUUUGUUAAGGAAGAGCAAAAAUCAAUUGGAGUACUCAUGAAUUCAUAUAAUCAAUUUCCUUCCAACAACGGUCUUUCCAGUAAUUUGUGGAAAAAUAAUUAUGAGGAAAAUGUUAGCAGUAUAGUUGGUGAAGUGCAAAAUAGUACAGGAUUUCAAGAGCUAUAUCAAAGGCUAAAAGCGUCUACAAAUUUUGGAGCAUCAUCAUCGUCGUCGUCAAUGAUUUUGGAUUCGGCUCCGGUGGCUGGAGGAGAAUUGGGUUUCUGGAACCCGAACCUUUCAACAUGGUUAGAUCUGCCCACAGCAAAUGGUGCAUAUCUUUAAUUAAGGUUUCUUUAUUAGUAUUAUUACUACUACUAGUUUUAUUUUCUUUUACUUUUAUUAAUUAGUACUACUACAUUAGGGUGAAGGGUGGGUUUCUUUAUUAAUUAAUGUGGGAACUUAUGGUAUACUAGCAUAUAGUCUCGGGAUAAUUGGACAUGGAAUAUGUGGGUAAUUAAUUUUUUUUAUUUUCUCUUUUAUGUUUGUGUGUGAUGUGGAGUGUUUAAUCUAUUGAGGAUCAAUGUACCAAAAUCCAAGAGCUCAAGUAGGUCGUGUUCUUAGAA